AUUUCGUAUAAUGAAUUAUUUCAAUAUACAAAAUAUAUUUAAAUAGUUUAUUUUAUUUUAUUUAUUAUACGAAAAUUCGUGUUUCGACAGGUAAUCUAUUGCAUGUUUCAUUAGAUAACUGUUGCAUGUUUUAGCUAACCAUAGUUGUUGGUUUGUAUUAUCUUUACAUAUUUAUUAUUUAAACAACAGCUGUUAUCAGAAAAUAUUAACUAAAUUUAAAAAUGGCAACAUUUAACGUUAAUUUCAAGACGUGUUCAGAUAGAACAAAAAGAAGAAGAAUUAAUUCAAGAGUUACAAAUAUACUGACAGAGUUAUCUCAGAAAGAUAAACAUGAAAGUAUUUCCAUGCUAGAUAAUCCUGAUAUUACUUCAAGGACUGUGAAUGACAUAAGCUUUAGUAGUUGUAAAAAAAGUUUUGAUCAAAAUGCAAAUAGGCACAAAAAUCGAAAUAAACAUUUAGCUACUUUUGAUAGAUCUCAAACCGAGUUUUCAGAAAUGCUCUCUGAUAGUAUUGAAAAUAAAUCAAGUGUUGAUUAUAGUAGUUGUGGUUUGGAAGUUGAUAAAGUUAUCAGCACCUUAAGUGAUGAUACUGAUGAUAAUAAUAAAAGUGAUGAAUUUACACUAGGUAAUAAAUUGCAAGAUUGGGCAAUAACCUAUCGUGUAUCUCAUUCAGCUUUAGGAAGUUUAUUACGCAUAUUGAAUCCAUUACACUCUAAUCUUCCUAUUGAUUCAAGAACUCUUUUAAAUACUCGCCGAAAUGUUGACAUCAAGCAUGUUGCAGGUGGAGAAUAUUAUUAUUUUGGGGUGAAGUAUUGGAUACAAAAUAUUUUUAAAUUCAAUCUGCCCAAUUCUCAAGUUGAACUUUUACAUAUUCAUAUCAACAUUGAUGGUGUACCACUUUUUAACAGCAAUUCUAUUUCUUUUUGGCCAAUUCUUGGUUCACUGAAAGAGUGUCCGUUAAGCGGAACUUUUCCUAUUGCUAUUUAUAGUAGUACAAAAAAACCUACUUCUCUUGAUGAAUAUUUGAAUGAUAUUGUUUCAGAAAUGAAGACGUUAAAGCAACAUGGCUUUUUGUUUAAUAAUAAACUUACAGAGUGAAAAUUGAUGCUAUAAUAUGCGAUACACCAGCAAGAGCAUUUAUUAAAUGUAUUAAGCCUCACUCUGGUUAUAAUUCAUGUGAGAGAUGUAUGCAGCGUGGUAAAUGGUGUAACAAAAUCACACUACCUAAUAUAGCAGCACCAAUAAUUACAGACUUUAUUUUUACUGUGCGUCAGUAUUCUAAACAUCAUGUAGGUACUUCACCAUUGGAGGAGUUGGGUUGUGGUAUGGUUACAGAAUUUCCGUUAGAUUAUAUGCACAUGGUGUGUUUAGGUGUUAUGCGCAGGAUUCUGUUUCAAUGGAUUCAUGGACCGCGUGGGUAUUGUAAGCUAUCUCAGUUACAGUUAUCUAUGAUAUCUGACAACUUAGCUGUUAUUCGUAAACACAUCCCGAGAGAGUUUUCACGAAAACCAAGAUCUCUUUCAGAAUAUAAAAAAUGAAAAGCGACUGAAUUAAGGCAAUUUUUAUUGUACACUGGGCCCGUUGUCUUGAAAAAUGUUCUAAAAGACACAGUUUAUUCAAAUUUCCUUGAUUUGUCUGUUGCCAUACGAAUAUUGCUCAGCCCAAAUUUAUUGUCAAAAAAUCUUGACUAUGCUGAACAACUUUUAAAAUACUUUGUGGUAACAUUUUCAAAGUUAUAUGGUGAAAAUCAACUUGUAUAUAAUAUUCAUUCUUUAAUACAUUUACCAAGUGAUGCUAAACGUUAUGGUGUUCUUGAUAACAUUUCAGCGUUUAGAUAUGAAAGUUACCUAGGAAGAUUAAAAAAGUUAGUUCGGAAGCCACAAAAUCCAACUGGUCAAGUGGUACGCCGAAUUAUUGAAGGGCACUGCAACGUCAAUGGAGUCACUUCCAAUAAAAAACCUAUCUUGAAGAAGAUUCAUUUUGAUAGUCCUAUUCCUGUUGAAUACAAAUCUUAUAUCCAGUUUGAACAAUACUAUGGACCGGACUAUUUUGUUUCCACAUCCAUUGGAGAUAAUUGUUUUACAAUUGAAAGUAAGUUAGGAAUUGUAAAAAAUAUUCUGAAUAAUUCCACCUUUGCUGAACCUAGUAAAGCUUUAGUUGUGUUUGAAGAAUUUGAAGAUUUAGAAUUAUUUUUUUCAGAUCCAGUUAGUUCGAUUUCACUUUCAAUAUACUUUGUGACCAAACUUACUGGCAUAAGACGAACCUUUCCUGUUACUAGUCUAGUGACUAAGUAUCUUCUACUCCCAUUUAAACAAGGAUUUGUUGCUUUACCUCAAAUGCAUUUCUCAUAAGUUGUAACAAAAUUGUUUUCAAGUUUUUGCCAUAUUUAUAUAGUUUACAUUGUGAAUGUUUUAAAUACGAUUUCUUGUUCCAUAAAUAAAUAAAUAUAAAAAAGUUUCGGCUUUGACAGGCUUAGUUGUGAUAUUAUUUUAGAUUAUUUUCAUUUGGUUUAAAAAAGUUACAGAAUGAGUAAGUUAUUAGAGUUAUGAUUACAUGACAUUGUUUAUUUAAUUUCAGAGGGGUUUUUACAAUAAUAAAUUUUCAAAAAUGUAUGCUGUUCUCGAAUAUAUUGAAACUAAAGAGAUAGAUUUUCUGCCAAUCAAGUGGAUGGUUGAUAGACUCAACUGGGAUGUUAAAAAUCUAAUCAAAAAUAAAACUGUAUUAAAUUUUUACUAUCCACCAGUAAACUCAGCAAAUAAAGUGUUAAAUGCCAAAAAAUUAUGUAGUAACCCAGAAGAACACUGGCUUUUAUACAAAGUACGAAUUCUGGGAACUGCAAACACUCUUAAAAGCGCAAAAGAAAAAACAAAACAGGCUGAAGAGACAUCCAAUGUUGAUUAUGAUACAGAUAAUUCUAGUGAUUAUAGAGAUAUGGAAACACGGAAAAUUAGAAAAAGAAAAUAUUUUUUCACCUAUGAAAGUGAUGUUGAUGAUGAUCAAGUUGAAGACUUUAUUCAAGAAAGCGCUUUUUGUAGAAUAGAAGUUUGA